UCUUCAACUUGCAAUAACAUUUACUCUCUCAGGACAAAGACAGAGAGAUAGAUACCCUAAAAACAGAGUAUUGUCAUAAAAACAAUUCAGAGAGAAAGAGAGGGAGAGAGAGAGAGAGAAAUGGGAAGACAACCAUGCUGUGACAAAGUAGGGUUGAAGAAAGGACCAUGGACUGCAGAAGAAGACAGGAAGCUUAUAAACUUCAUCCUUACCAAUGGACAAUGUUGUUGGAGAGCUGUUCCUAAGCUUGCUGGUCUUCUUAGGUGUGGCAAGAGUUGUAGACUUCGUUGGACUAACUAUCUUAGACCAGACCUUAAGAGAGGUCUUCUCUCUGAUUAUGAGGAGAAGAUGGUCAUUGAUCUCCAUUCCCAGCUCGGAAAUAGGUGGUCAAAGAUAGCUUCUCAUUUACCAGGAAGAACAGACAACGAAAUCAAGAAUCAUUGGAACACUCAUAUCAAGAAGAAGUUAAGGAAAAUGGGGAUUGAUCCUCUCACUCAUAAACCACUCUCUAUCGUCGAACAAGAAGACGAAGAACCCUUAAAGAAGCUGCAGAAAAAUCUAAUGCCUUUACAAGAAACAAUGGAGCAGCCUUUAGAGAACAACAUCAAGAACAUGUCAAGACUUGGAGAGUCUUUAGAUGAUGAUCAAUUCAUGGCGAUAAAUCUUGAGUAUGGUGUUGAAGAUGUCCCUCUGAUUGAUCCAGAGUCUUUAGAGCUUAUUUGCAGCAACUCAACAAUGUCUUCAUCCACGUCUACGUCUUCGAAUUCUUCUAAUGAUUCGAGUUUCUUGAAGGAUUUGCAGUUUCCGGAUUUCGAGUGGUCCGAUUAUGGUAAUAGUAGUAAUGAUAAUAAUAAUGGUGUGGGCAACAUUAUAGAGAACAAUAUGAUGAGCCUGUGGGAUAUUGAUGACUUUAGCAGUUUGGAUUUGCUGCUAAAUGAUGAGAGUUCUUCCACUUUUGGGUUGUUUUGAAUUCAUUCUAAAGUAUAUGGUUUCUUUUGUAAAAAUUGGAAACUAUGGGGGACAGAAAAACCUAAAUAAUCUUCUUUACUCUUAUUUUUUGGGGAUUUGAAAGAACGUUUUACUUGAGAGAAAUUUAGAAAAGUAAAGUAUAUUUAUUUGUACAGACAAAAAGAGUUAAGAGAGAAAUGUGUCUUGUGUCCAUUUCUUUCUGCUGCUUUGUAUUUUGGGUUCCAUAAUUCCACGUGUUCAGGCUUACUAUCACCGCAUGUAAAUAAAAAUAAUACUCUUUU